AUGUCUACACAGCUCUCAAUUUAUUCCGAUGUUGACUGGGCCGGAUGCCCCGACGAUCGGAAAUCAACCUCUGGUUUUUGCAUAUUUUUUGGUGACAAUUUAAUCUCAUGGAGCUCUAAAAAACAACCGACUGUGACUCGAUCAAGCACCAAAGCUGAGUACCGAGCAGUUGCUCAUGCCACGUCUGAUUCUAUCUGGCUCCAAUCUCUACUACGUGAGCUCGGCAUUUUUCUUUCCCAGCGCCUCGUUCUCUGGUGUGACAACAUAGGGGCGACCUAUCUUACAACAAACCUAGUGUUUCAUGCACGUACAAAACACGUGGAAAUCGACUAUCACUUCGUUCGUGAAAGAGUUCAGCAGAAAUCAUUGGAAGUUUGUUUUGUAUCAAGCAAGGACCAAUUAGCCGAUGGCCUCACAAAGGCAUUAGUCUCUACAAGGUUUUCCCAUCUUCGGUCCAAGCUCAACGUGCAGCAUUCCUCGAUGAGCUUGCAGGGCGUAUUAAGGAAACACCUUCCAAAACAGAUGACAACAAGAUUAAGUCAACAGAUGACAGAAGUUGUUGAUAUUGCGGAAACUGUUGAAGCUGUUGACUACCAACUUGUGGGUAAGCUCGCCACGUUGCUAAGAUCAGACGGUCACAAGGUCACGGUACCCGAUCUUGCCGCGUCUGGGAUCAAUCUGAAGCGACUCGAUGAGGUCCAAUCUGUCCACGACUAUUUUCAGCCGUUGAUGGAGAUCAUGGCCUCUCUUAAUCCAGAUGAACGGGUGAUCCUUGUUGGCCACAGCUUCGCUGGCAUUGGUCUUGCACUAGCAAUGGAGAAGUACCCUGAAAGGAUCUUGGUGGCAGUUUUCGCCACUGCUGUGAUGCCAGGUCUUGGUGGCCCACCAUUCAAUGUCAUCAAAGAGUUUUUCGGGAGAUUGGAUGAUCCCAUGGAUUGUCAAUUCACGUUUGAUCGUGGGCCAGAGAACCCUCCAACCUCAGUCGCCAUCGGGCCCAAGUUCAUGUCAUCCAAGGUGUAUCAGCGCUGUCAACCUCAGGAUCUUACACUAGCCACCAUGUUGGUACGUGUGGGGAGGUUGUAUGAAGAAGAUAUAUCUGCAGAAAACAUGCUUACAGCAGAGAAUUAUGGGACGGUGAGUCGGAUUUAUAUUUUAUGUAAGGGAGAUGAGCUGAUGGAUGAGGAUUUCCAAAACUGGAUUAUCAAGAAUAAUCCAACAGAUGAAGUGAAAGCGAUUGAAAGAUCCGAUCAUAUGGUCAUGUUAUCAAAGCCCAAGGAGCUUUGCACCUGUCUCCUGGAGAUUGGCGGGAAGUAUACUUAAUUUGAUGAACAAUACUAGCUAUUAUAAAGAUUUUAAUAAAAUUUCCCAAAUUUCUCUUGCUAUAUGAAAAUAAAAUUUGUUCAAGGGCACGAGAAGUUGAUUAAAGGCUAGAA